AUGGCGUCUGCACUCACUCUCCUUACAACGCUCGCUCUUUCCUGCGCCGCCGCCGCCUCGCCCAUCGUCGUCCGCGACAGCCUCGUCUCCCUCCCGCUCCUGAGACAGCUGAACACGUCGCAGCUCGCCGGUCUGGUCACCUCCGACCAGGCCCGCGCCCGCUCGCUCCAGGGCGCCCCGCAGAGCUACGCCGCCGCCGACAACGUCUCGGUGGUGAACCAGGCGACGACGUAUACGGCCACGGUCGGCUUCGGCAGCCCCGCGCAGUCGUACACCCUCAUCAUUGACACUGGGUCCUCCAACACCUGGAUCGGAGCCCGCCAGCCGGUCGCGCCGGUCGCCGGUGCGACGGACACCGGCCAUUCCGUGAGCGUGUCGUACGGAUCGGGCUCGUUCAGUGGUGAAGAGUACGACGGCACGGUCACUCUUGGCGACAUGUCCUUCCAGCAGUCGUUCGGGAUCGCCUCUUCAGCGCAGGGGUUUGAAGGCGUGGAUGGCAUCUUGGGCAUUGGCCCGACGGACCUGACGGCAGGCACAGUCUCCGACACCCCUUCUGUCGCAACAGUGACGGACAACCUGUAUCAACAAGGAAAGAUCCCUCAGCACUUGGUCGCCGUCAGCUUCGAGCCCACCGUCUCGCAGAGCGAUCCCAACGGCGCGAUCACCUUCGGAGGCACAGAUCCAUCCAGGUACAAUGGCACCAUCAACUAUACUCCUCGCACGACAACCUCUCCCGCUUCUGCGUAUUGGGGCAUCAAUCAGACGAUAACCUAUGGCAGCCCUCAAGGCCCUACCAUUCUCGCUGCCACUGCGGGCAUCGUCGACACUGGAACCACUUUGAUACUUAUUGCUUCGAAUGCCUUUGACUGCUAUCAAGCAGCUGUGGGGGGAACGAUGGAUGAGAACACCGGGCUCUUGCGCAUCUCAUCCUCGCAGUACAAGAAGCUCCAAAGCCUGUACUUCAACGUCGGCUCUGUAUCCUACGAGCUCACCGCGAACGCGCAGAUCUGGCCUAGGUCGCUGAACACCGCGAUUGGAGGGGAGGAGGGCGAGAUCUAUCUGGUGGUCAACGACCUCGGCACACCGUCAGGCCAGGGUCUUGACUUUAUCAACGGGUACACCUUCCUUGAGCGGUAUUACUCCGUGUUCGACACCACCAACAACCGCAUCGGCUUCGCCGAGACGGCUUACACGCACGCUAUAACCAACUGA